AUGGUUUGCGGUUUCGCCCUCCAUAUCGCGUCGCUACUCGCAAGAGAAGAUUCAGGCCAAUCUGUCCUUGGCGACCAUGACGACAUUGACCGCUCUGGCAGUGGUGGCCGCAGUGGUGACUUUCGCGGAGUGACAGAGGCACGACCGGCUGCUGUUGUCCCAGAGGAGACGGCCACGGCAGCCGGGCCUGAGCGACCACCUGCCCCUUUGUCGGCACCUGAGUCGGCGCUGGCAGUGCCAUUACCCGUCUUCUUGUCGCUGGAGCGCUACGCACGGAUGGUCGAUGUCACGUACUGUGUGGGCAUGACAGGCUCGGGCAUUUCACAACCGUUCUCUUGCGCUUCACGAUGCGCAGACUUUCCUGAGCUCCGGCUCGUCGCGACAUGGAACACGGGCGUCCUGAUGCGCGACAGUUGCGGUUACAUUGCCGUCGAUGACAGCGCCCGCGAGAUCAUUGUGGCGUUCCGCGGCACGUACAGUAUCGCCAACACGGUUGCCGACCUGAGCACGAUCCCGCAGAAAUACGUCCCCUACGAGCCAGGCGAGGGCGAAGACGAAGACGCCGAUGUUGCCAGGCGAGCCAAGUGCACGAACUGCACGGUCCACAUGGGUUUCCUGGCCUCCUGGGAGAGCGCGCGCAGUCUCAUUCAGCCGAUUGUCGCCGAAGCCCGGCACCAGUCGAUGAACUCGUCGCCGCUGCUCGCUGCCCCAGCCGCCCCCUACCGUGUCCAUCUCAUUGGCCACUCUCUGGGAGGCGCCGUAGCCGCUCUUGCGGCGCUGGAGAUGAAGGCUGUCCUUGGCUGGGAGGAUGUUCAGGUCACGACCUUUGGCGAGCCGCGCGUAGGCAACCUCGGAUUCGCGAAAUUCCUUGAAGGCGUGUUUAACCUGCGCUCGAACACGGCGACAAAAGAACCGAAGGAACCGACUGUGGCGGACGCGUACCGCCGUGUCACGCACAAGAACGACCCCGUCCCGCUACUGCCGUUGUCCGACUGGGGCUAUCGUUCUCAUGCAGGCGAGAUUUUUAUCACAAAGGUGAGCCUGUCACCAACACCAGAGGACGUCAUACAGUGCCGGGGCCGGAGUGACCCGGCAUGCAGUGACGUGGACGGCGAGCAUGACGGCUCUGGCGAAGAGACGUCCGCUUCGACGCGCAAAGGUAUUAUCCCGCCCAAUCUGAAGCUAUGGGAGCUCUUCUUUGCACACCGCGAUUACUUCUGGCGCCUGGGUCUAUGUCUUCCUGGCGGCGAUCCCGCGGACUGGGGCGGCGAGCGGUACAACUACACCAACGACGAGCUGUGA